AUGGCGAACGAGACUGCGAAGGAAGGCCCUGGGCCUGAGGAAAAGUCUCAACACCACCAUGAAGAAAAGAACAUUUUGACUCUUAGAGAAGAAGCCCAACAAGAUGCAAUACAUAUUGACCUCAGUUGGCGGUCGUGGGUCGUUGUAUUCAUCACUUGCUUUGCUAUCAUGUCUCAAGUCUUUGUUGUAGUUGCUGCUGGAUCCGUGAUAGCAUUCAUCAUUCGCGAUGUAGGCAGUCCCUCACUCUCAGGUUGGAUCAUUCAAGGCCCGCUGCUUAUGCAAAGCGUUCUGUCCCCUAUCGUCGGAAGACUGUCGGAUGUGCUCAGCAGAAAGUAUCUGGCGGCGUUGCCACCUUUAAUCGCAUUCGCAGGGGCCGUGAUAUCGGCCAAGGCAACAUCCAUGAGCAUGCUCAUUGGCGGUGGCAUACUCAUCGGGACCACCUUGUCAACAAUCGCUGUUGUCCAGGCCAUUCCCUCGGAGAUUCUCCCGUUGAAAUAUCGAGCCCUGGCCAAUGGUUUCGCAUACUUGGGAGGUGCCGUGGGCGGACUUCUAGGCAGUCUUGUAUCUGGUGCCUUGACCAACAUUGAUGCCGGAGGAUGGCGAUAUAUCUUUUGGCUUCAAGCUGCUUUCCAUCUAGUGUCUUCAUUGGGCCUAUUCUGCUUCUAUUGGCCCCAGGAACACAUUGAAUACCCCAAAAUGUCCGUGAAAGGAUACAUUUGGGCCUGUGAUCCCAUAGGAUCAUUCUUGUUCAUUUGCUCGGCCACUUUGAUGCUUCUUGCAUUGGACUGGGCUGCAGGAGCCUAUUCUUGGUCAAGCGCAACGGUAGUUGCACCACUGACGAUUGGGAUAGUACUGCUAGUCUUGUUCCUACUUUACGAAUGGAAAGGUCGAGCGGAUGGUCUGAUCGCUCACGUAUUCUUCCAAGACAACUUGAACUUCUUUCUGAGCGUCUUUGCUUUUGCUGUAGAAGGGUGGAUCUUUUAUAGUGCUUUCAACUCCAUCACCCCACAACUCGUUCUGAAUCUGGGGUUUGAGGACAACGCGUGGAGUAUUUCUGUACGACAGCUUUCGACGCAAUUACCUACACUUCUCACCAGCAUUCCAAUUACCUUAUAUGCCACAAAGUUCAAGGAUUUGAAAUCCCCGCUCUUGGUCACUUUCACCCUCUUCCUCGCAGUAACGAUAUCCUAUGCUGCCAUUGAACCAUCAUGGAACCGCGCCCAGAUAGCCUUGAACGUUCUCGCUGGUAUGGGCCAGUCUGGGCCAUUAACCCUGCUAGUCGCCUGCGUGCAAUUCACUGCGUCACACGCCUACCUCUCGACGGCGACAGGCCUGGCAUUCUCUGCGCGGGCAAUUGGUGGAGCCUUUGGAUCGGCUGUCCUCAAUGCCAUCAUCAAUGGACGGCUAAGCACUCACUACGCAUCUGCCGUUGCCGAUGCCGCCACGGGGGCCGGUCUCCCAGAAAGCUCUGUCGGCCAACUCUUGGAUUCGCUUGACGCGGGACAAAUUGACAUUAGUGUUCCAGGAGCAACGUCAGCCGUGUGGUCGGCGGCCAUUGAUGCGCGACAUUGGGAGUAUGCCCAUGCGUACCGUCUCGCGUGGGCCAGUAUCAUACCUUUUGUCGUGCUGGCGAUUGUCGCCGUGGCUUGCCUACGCGGGGUCAAAGACCUCAUGACGGACAAGGUCGAAGCUCCCAUCGAACCGAUCAGGAAGGAAGAGAAGACGCAGAAAGUUUGA